AUGUCCAAGGAUAGCUUUGCCAGCACAAUGAACAACCUCCAACAGAGCAUUGUCUCAUACGCUGCCGAGCGCGGUGUGGCCAUCGUGUCGUCCCGCGGCAAAGCCUCCGUGCUUUUGAACAGCGCGAAUGCGGUUCCAUGGACUCCCAAGUACUCGGUCUUCCUCUUUGUCGUCGAGGGCAGCCAGGCAUACAUUGCCCUCAACACGGUGGAUGAUGGCAGCUGCAUUGCUUGCCGCUCCAGCGACCACAAGGUCUAUACCUUUGACUUUGAGAUCAAGGCUGAGUCUGGCUUUUCCACUGUCAUCGGUGGUAGCAAGUGCAGCGGCGCCACCGUGGCUGACAUGAUGGACCAGCUGGAGGCUGCCGAUUUGAACAUGACCUCUCCUCAAGGCUACGAGUUCAACACCCGCGUGUGCUUCGGCCUUAAGGGGGCUACCGGUAUCGAUUACUCUCUCGUCAACUUCAACGAUUCGGCUGGUGGUCUUGGCCUCGAGCCUCGCACCCUCUCCUCUGAACUGAACUCCACUGCCAUCAAUGACCACAUGCGUCGCGACUAUCUUCACAUGAUCAGCAAGCCUCGCAGCCUCUGUCAAUCUUCUAAGAUUGUGAACCUCGAUGAUGCUCUCGUCGACACUAUCAACACGUCGGCAGCCGAUGCGCAAGGCGUUGUUCGCUCAGAAUUUGAAGAGAUGGGCGGCCAGACCAACACGGAGCACGUGCUGAAGCUGCUGAACGUUGACCCCAAGGACGCCGUGGUGGUCAAGGAAAUGACCUUUUACGACGGAUCUGGUGUCCGCGUGCAAAUGCGCAAUGUUUUUGUCGGCAUUGCCAACGGGAACUUGGUGUUUGCCUCCAAGAUGGAGGAGCUUGAAAUGAACGUCGAUCACUUUGGUGCGCUUGAUGUGAGCUUUGAGACAGACAUGGCCGCUCGCAACACCAGCUGCAUUAGCUCAGCCCGGGCGUGCUGCAUCAAGUACAACCCCAUCUCCCUGAUUGCCGGUGCCAUCGGUUCCUGCUUCAGCUUCUGCACCCGAAAUGUUUGCGUUUGCUGCAAGCCCAGCCUGCCUAUGUACACGCAAAUCAAGGACCUCGACCAGCUCGGUGCCACUCGCAUUAGCACCAAGUCGAUUGUCUCCACCCGUUACAUGAGCACCAAGACGGUCGUUGCCACGUCCAAGGCUGAACAGUUUGGUCCUUGCUAUGGUGUGCUCAAGUGCUGCAACCCUUGCUGCUGCUGCUGCAGCAAGAGCGAGUAUCAGGUCACCUCUCGCUCCGUGGACAGUGCCACUGAGCGUGUGGCCCAUAUUGGUGUCUAUAACGAUGUCGUGCCCGGCUCCUAUGAGGAGAUGUCCGGUACUCUCCAGCUCAUUUUUGCUCGUGGUGAGCGCGAGGAUAAGGCUCUCGCUCUCAUCCAGCGCCUCAUGGACAUGGCUGCCGACAAUGCAAGCAAUUUGGCUGAGGCCCGUCUCCAGAUGCAUGCCGCUCAUGGUCCUACUCAGCACAAGGGAUGGUUCUCCAGCAUCAGCGCCUAA